AUGGCCAGUAACGACGGCGAGGUUGAUGUGGACAGCAUAAUCGAGAGACUUUUACUUGUUAGAGGGUUUCGUCCCGGGAAGGAAGUUAAGCUGGCGGAACACGAAAUCCAAUAUCUGUGCCGCUCGGCACGGGAGGUCAUGAUGGACCAGCCCAUCCUCCUCGAGCUGGAAGCGCCCCUCAAAGUCUGCGGCGACACGCAUGGUCAAUACUACGAUCUUCUCCGCCUUUUUGAAUACGGAGGCUUCCCGCCUAAGGCCAACUACCUGUUCUUGGGCGAUUACGUGGAUCGCGGCAAGCAUUCACUCGAAACGAUCUGCCUUCUCUUGGCCUACAAAGUCAAAUACCCCGAAAAUUUCUUUCUCCUUCGCGGGAACCACGAGAGCGCAUCUAUCAAUCGCAUCUACGGCUUUUAUGACGAAUGCAAACGCCGUUAUAACAUCAAGAUCUGGAAGGCGUUUAUCGAUUGUUUUAAUUGCUUCCCAAUCGCCGCGCUUAUCGACGACCGAAUCUUUGCGAUGCACGGAGGAUUGAGUCCCGAUCUGCAGAGCAUGGACCAAAUUCGCAGGAUCAUCCGCCCCACUGAUGUACCUGAUACUGGUAUCUUGAGCGACCUGCUGUGGAGCGACCCGGAUUCCACCGUGCGCGGGUGGGGCGAGAAUGACCGCGGUAUCAGCUUUACGUUCGGUCCAGAUGUUGUGGCACGCUUCCUGCAAAAGCACGACCUCGAUCUCAUUGCGCGUGGCCAUCAGGUUGUCGAGGAUGGCUACGAAUUCUUCGCCAAACGCCACCUUGUGACGAUUUUCUCUGCUCCCAAUUACGGAGGAGAGUUCGACAAUGCCGGUGGGAUGAUGAGCAUCGACGAGUCCCUGCUGUGUUCUUUUCAAAUCCUACGGCCGGCGUCGAAAAAAUCUAUAUUCACUAUGGGCAACGUGAAGGGCGGGAAAGAGAAGAGCAGCCGUAAAGCAGGCUCGAAGACUGAGGUCCCUGUUGCUGGGCCAUCCAAGUCCAAAUAA